AAGUAUUGGAGCCUCAGCUUCAGGAUCUGUCCUUCCAGUGAGCACUCAGGGCUGAUUUCCUUCAGAAUGGAAAGGUUUGAUCUUCUUGCAGUCCAUGGGACUCUCAAGAGUCUCCUCCAGCACCAUAAUUCAAAAUCAACAAUUCUUUGAAAUGUUAAAUUGAUUGUAAAGCUAAUGAAAUGUAUAAAUUUGAAAAUAUAAAGAAAAAAGAAAGAAAGCUGACACCAUAAUGAAAUGUGUUAGUCUUUAAAAGGAUUAGCAAGGCUCUAGGUUGUUUCUCCUGCAACAGACCAAUACGGCUGCUCCUCAGAAAAUUGGAAGGCAUUUUCUGAGCCUUCGUUCUGUAUCUUGCCUCCCACUGUUACCUCGGGCGGUUUAGCAUUACAGCUCCUCAUCCUAAUACUAUAACACUCCUCUGUGGGGAGGAAAUUCCACCACUCAGGGCCUGCCGCAGAGAAUGCCUUCUCCCAAAACUUUUCAAGGGCAGUGGAACUACUAAAGGGGACCCUUCUGCCGAUCUUGCCCCUCAACCUCCCAAGGAACUGUAGGGAAGCAGUGUCACAAUGUUUCUUUAAUUGCCUAAACUGUCCAAUCAUCCAGCAGUGCAACUGGGGGAACUCUGGGAUCAAAUUGCACCUGUAGCUGACCCAGGUUGCGAGUGAAAUUUGGCUGGAGUUUCAGGGUGCCGAGAUUAAAAAGUCAAGUAAAGAGCAAUAUAGUUUUGAGUCCUUACUGUCAUCAAGCACAUUUCAACGCCUGAAGUACAUAUCACUCCUUCCUUGUGUACAAAAUACAGUGGUACCUUGGGUUAAGUACUUAAUUUCUUCCGGAGGUCCGUUCUUAAUCUGAAAUUGUUCUUAACCUGAAGCACCACUUAGCUAAAUGGGGCCUCCUGCUGCCGCCGUGCUGCCGGAGCAUGAUUUCUGUUCUCAUCCUGAAGCAAAGUUCUUAACUUGAAGCACUUUUUCUGGGUUAGCGGAGUCUGUAACCUGAAGCGUAUGUAACCUGAGGUACCACUGUAACAGAACUGACAACGGGCAAAGCAACUGUUUAUACACAUUUCUGAAGUCCUGGGCCACUCCCACUCCCAACGUGAUUGGCUGUCUAAACUUCCAAGCUGCGAAUCAUGACCCAGAGUUUAAAGGCCAAUGGCAGAGGCCCAAAUCCUGAAAUGUUCUGUGAUUGGAUAUCAUGUAUCUAAUCAGAACAUUGUGAGGGGGGGCUCAGAAUCCUUAGUCCAGACUUAAGCUCAGGCAAACACAGACCACUGAAUACAUAACACAAAAUAACUCUUUAAAACGCAGUAUUAUUUAGUAAUUAAUUCUGCCUCAGAACUGGUGCACGGCAGGGCUGUAUCAGCAAUGUAAAAACCCCAUGUCCCCUUAGUUAAUUUUAUUAAUUAACAGAGACAGGUGAAUGCCAACCAUGUCACACCAUGACACUGUUCUCUGAUCGGCUUGCAGACAACAGAAGGGUUACAUUUUAAUGAUAAAAGCAUGGCACCAUACAACAGUAAACAAAUCCCAGCAUAAAAAUUCAGCGCCCACCCUCAAAAAAAGCUGCACAAGGUCUUUAAAAGUACACAGAAGACCUAAAUUUCAGCUGAUUUCAGAGUUAACCAUUUUAAACCCUGGGGGUAAAGAAGUGCCUCUUUGUUAUUGCAAAAGACUCCUAAGUUCUCAAAUUGCUACAGCAAAGGUCACUUUGCUCCACCUCUAAGGUGUGGCUCCUUUAAGCAACAAGAGAAAAGCAAAAGGAGGAACUUGAGAAAAGAAAGCGAAACUGGACUCUGCAAUCUGUAGCAGCCACUUUCCUGUCAGCAGAGAUGGCAGAGGGUUUUCAGCAAGAUCUGACUUGUUCCGUCUGCCUCGAAGUGUUUACUGAGCCGGUGCUGCUUCGAUGUGGGCAUUGCUUCUGCCAGAAAUGCAUCACCUCCUCCUGGGACAGCCAAGGCGGAGCUCCUAGCUGCCCUGAUUGCCGGGCCCCCUGUCCUGACAGACAUUUCACACCCAAUCACUUGCUGAGAAACUUGGCCCAAAAGGCAAGAGAGGCCCAGGAGGAGGUCCCCGAGAAGAAAGCGCGAGAAGACCCAGAAAAUCACGAAGAGACGCCGGCAGGCAGAAGCAGCCCAGGUGCUGAUCAGGGGUUGCUCUGCGCAAAACACGGUCGCACUUUGCAGCUCUUCUGCCUCACCGAUGAGGACCCCAUUUGUCUUUGCUGUGUGGAUUCGCCUGCCCACGCCGGACACAAGUUCAGCUCCUUGAAAGACGCUGCUGAGCAGUACAAGCGGAAGCUGGACAAGGUUCUGGGUUGCCUGGAAAUCAGAAUUAAACAACAAGAGCAGCAGGAAGGAUGUCAAGAAGAAAACAUACGUUCCUUGAGAAACUCAGCUGAUUCCCUUCGCAAGACGAUUGAGGACGACUUCGCUGAGCUGCAGCGAUUCCUGAGCCAGAGGAAAGAUGCAGUACUGGCCCAGCUAGAUGAGGAUGAAAACGCUGCGCACGUGAACAUGGUGGUGCAUCUCUGGGACAUCCGGGAGGGCCUGUCUGCAGCCAGAGAAAUGAUGAGCCAGGGAAAGGCCAAAAUGGAGCAGACGGAUUCAGCUGCCUUCCUCCUGGGUGUCCAGAAGCUCCUGAAGAAGCUCCCUGCUGAAAAGGAGGCUGAGGGCGUAGGAAACCAGGCUGACCACUCUGCUGUUUGCAGGGAACUCUGCCUGGGCAAGUUCAAGGGUCCACUGCAAUACCUAGCAUGGAAUAAGAUGAGAUCCAUCGUCAGAACAGAAGUAGAACCGAUCACCCUGGACUGCGGCACUGCUCAUCCCGAAUACACUUUCUUACUGCAAAACUAUCGUACGGCGUUUGGACUGCUUAAGAAACCCUUGAGCUAUCCAGCGAUAUUUCAGGACUCUCCCGUUGUGCUGGCGAAAGAGGGGUUCCAUUCAGGAAGACACUACUGGGAGGUUGAGGUGCAAAACAAGGGAGACUGGUUGAUUGGCGUAGCCUUGGAGUCCAUCCCAAGGCAAAAAGGCAAGGAUCCCACUUCUCUGACGGACAAGAUCUGGUGUCUGGAGCCAACAGAGGAGGAUAGCGAGCCUCAAAAUGGAUCGUCAUGGUGGAAGGUCGGCGUGUACCUGGACUAUGAGGGAGGCCAAGUUUCUUUCUAUGAUGUAGCAGCCGGGUCUCACCUCUGCACACACACACCCCGUUUCAGCGAAAAGGUCUACCCUUUCUUCCAACCUACGCCAGCUGCUUUCAGGCAAAAACGCACCAUAAGCUUGAAAACUUGUCACAGUUAGGACAUUAAAGCAAUUCUUAAGAGGGUAUUAUUAUAAAAAGAAAAGGUAGGUGUGUUUGCCCAUUAGAUAAAAGUCCAAAGUCCAUACUAAGGCAGUGCUUUUAUCAGGCCAGCCAAGAUGCAAACUCCAUGACUUCAUCAUCAGCCAACUUCCCUCCCACCUCGCCUUAUUUGCUAUCAAACCUGAAGAAGAGCUCUGAGUAACUUGAAGGCUUGCUCACUAUUUCGUGACGUUUUAGCUGACCUAUAAAAGGCAUUGCCCUAAUGUGGAUUUUGGAAUGUUCUUAAGUGCGCCACAAUUCUCCAAGCGUUUGAGAAGCGUGUGCCCCUGGGAAACGGGAAGGGAAUGUGGCUCUCAACAUUAGACUUUUCCCCAAAACGCCCCUGCCAUGAAGGCAAGCGAUUACCAUCCCCUUCCUUAUCGCAGGUGAGGAGCUGUAACUUGCUCCAUUCACCCAGUAAAUUCAUGACACAGGGACUUUCAGGUUCUUAGCUCAAUUUCUUAACUGGGCAUAACGUAAGAGCUCUACUAGAUUAGCAAUCUGAUAGAUCACUUAAAAAAAAAAAUCAAGUAGCGGGCAGGAGAUACGUAUGUGCGCAACACAGGCUGGGUUCCUGGGAGGAAGGUAAAUAAGGCCAAAUGUCAUUUGCACUGAAAGAAAAGGUUUCCACUGGGUGCGAUGGGAGCUCUAGCUAUUCUUCCAGACCAACAAACAGCAGGCAUGGAGGCCCCGAUCCAGAAUGAAGCAAAGGAGCAAAAAGCCCUUCUAAUUCCCACAACCAACAGGGAUCUAUGAUCUGGGUUAGGGCCUGCUAUUUACUUUUAUUAAAAAGCCCUUCAUACAAUUGGUAACUGUCUGAAGGAGGCGAAGCCGACACAGCCUAUUUGGCAGACUACAGCUCCCAUCAUCCCCGACCACGCUAGCUAGCUGGGGUUGAUGGGAGCUGGGAGUCUAACAAUCUCUGGAGGGCACGACAAGGGCAAAACUAGUUCUUGUAUGGUCUGCCCUUUAGGCACAUUUGCUUACAUUGUUUUCAUCUGCCAUUGUUUUCUUACUUACUACAUCCAAAAAGUAUCAAAGAAAGACGGUUCAAGACGGUUUGAAAGCACAUUAACUUGUGUUUGUAUUGUGACUGGAUUUGUUAUCAAUUGGGAUGUUCUUAACUGAAAAUUAAUAAAAAAUUAUUUACAGUGGCACCUCAGGUUAAGUACUUAAUUCGUUCCGGAGGUCCGUUCUUAACCUGAAACUGUUCUUAACCUGAAGCACCACUUUAGCUAAUGGGGCCUCCUCCUGCUGCUGCCACACGAU